UUGUCCAAGUAUUUAAAUUUCUUACAUUUCAAAAACAUGAAGAAAGAAAUCGGGAUUGAUUCCUCAGUUUAUAAUAUUUUGAUACUUAUCAGUUUAUCUGUGGUUAUAUUGGCGAUAAUAUUAAUAAAAUUUGUAUUGAACAGUUUUAAAUCAAAUAAAAUUUUAUCAGUUAACAAUGAUGUUGAAGAAAUUGAUCAAAUUCAUACAUUAGUUCGUAAUAGAACCAGAGGUAGGGGCUUGCAACGUUUGAGAACAGGACUUUCAAGAAUCGAGAAUUUUGAGAUGGCAUCUAGAAGUAACCUGAACACAUGCCAAGAAAAUACCGAAAAUGACACCGAUAUAUCCGAAAAUGAAGAUAUCAUGGCUCCAAAUAAAAAAAUAGGGACUAAAAAAAUGAAAAAAUUAGAACUUAAAGCUGAAAAAAAAGCUCAAAGAGAGCAAGAAAUUUCUGAAAGGGAAGAAAAGAAAAAACGGGAGGCAAUAUCGGAGCAAAAACGAUUAGCUGAAGAAGAAAAAAACAAGCAACUUGAAAAACAAAUUGAAUUAGAAGAAAAAAGAAAUUUGGAGGAGAUUAAAAGAAAGGAAGAAAUUGAAUAUCAAAAUUGGAAAAAAGAAUUUGAAAUACAAGAAGAAGGUUGUGAUGAAACCUUGGAUUUUGAUAAAAAUGUGAACUUGCUGCAAGACUUUAUUAAUUAUUGCAAAGAAAACAAAAUUGUUAUAUUGGAAGACUUGGCAUCUCAUUUCAAAUUAAAAGUUCAGGACGUGAUUCAAAGAAUCGAGGAUUUGGUUAAAGUAGGAACCAUGAAUGGAGUUUUUGACGAUAGAGGCAAAUUUAUAUACAUCACCGAUGAGGAACUAUUGUCCGUAGCCAAAUUUAUCGAAGACAAAGGCCGCGUUUCUAUAAUCGAUUUAGUUCAACACAGCAAUCGCUUAAUUAAUUUGGACCAAAAAAUUUGAUCUUUUUCUAUUAUAUAUAACCUCAUCUUUCAAACGAUCCACAUAAGUCGCUAGUUUCUGUGUGAUUUUAAUAUAUGUACUCGCACUUAAAUUAAAUUUGGGAUAUAAUUUAUAUGGAACAUCUUAUACAUUCAAUCAAUAAAUUUAUAUCUAUAUAUAGUGCAAUCAUUAAGUUAUAAAUAUUUAUAUUUCUUCCGUUAUUUUUUUUAGACCGAUUGGGAUUUAGCACUACCUGAUAAUCACCCUUAGAUUUUUCUUUAUAAUAAUAUAUAGUUUUUUAAUAAACUCAAUAACUCCAUUUUCACGCCAAUCGUUUUGCCAACAAUGGGAUUUUUGCUAGCAACAUUCAAAUUUUUAUACCAGCACAGAUAUUUUCUUUUUCUCCUUCAAAUAAAUACAAUUAUGGUUCCACCUUAAAGUUGAUCAUUAUAUUUUGUUUGUUUUUAAAUAGAAUAUUUAGUAAUUUUGUAAUAUAUAUUAAAUAAAUUGUUAUGAAACGUCAAAAACAA